AAACAUCUCCACAAAGAGACGCAGGACAUUACUAAGAUUGCACACAGAAAAUGAUGACUUGCAGAAUAUUUAGUUGCUCUUCUGUUUUUGUGCUUCUUGUCCUUCUGAAAGAUCAUGCAAGAGCCAAACCAUUGCCUGACCUGCAGAGUCUGUCCAGAUUAUUAGAGGAUAAUUUUGAGCACUCCUUUGGCUAUGAAGAGCCUGAACAUGAAAAUGUGGAUCUGGAGCCCACAGACCAGCAGGAAUCAGACCAUCAGUGGAGCAGGACCAGGCUUGAGCCAGCAGGAAGUUCCCAUCUCAGUGAGAUCUCCCUUCAGCAGCUCCUCAAUGACCCACUGGGAUCCUCGAGAAGAUACCGGCUAAGGAGCAAAAAGGGCAUUUCCAGGGGAUGUUUCGGAGUUAAACUGGACAGGAUUGGGUCCUUGAGUGGUCUUGGCUGCUAAAUCCAUUUGAACCCAAUGGAUCUAGACAGAAGAUCUCGCCAUUUACGGACAAUCUGUUGGGAGGAAAGAAUACGAAAGCAGGAAUGUAAACAUUAAAGUCCAUGGAUCAUUGAGCGUCUCAUGUCACGAAGCCGCCAAAACAGACGCUUUUAUUUUUCCAUAUGUAAUGAACGCCCCAUUUUGUAAUGUGAAAAAUCUGACUUUAAUUUAUAUUUUCUUCUAUAUAUACAUGUGCAAUAAGCAACUGCCUGUAUGUCUCUGAUAUUCAACAUAUCAAUCUAUAAAUA